AUGAUCACCCCCCGUGUCCUGGUGAUCCUCGGUCACGCUGCCGUGGCGGGAGCCGCGACAACGGAGACCCCCGCGGAGCGCGUGCGUCUCAUGGAGGGCGAGGUGACACGGCACCGCGAGGUGCUCGCGGAGAACGAGAAUCUGCGGCGGGGGCUGGGCGCCGCGGAGCAGCGUCUGGCGAUGGGCGAGCAGCGCGCUGGAGAGCGCGACGGCGGCGCAGCCGCAGUAGCAGCACCAGGUCCGAGCAGCGGACAGGUCGUGGGCACGAGACUGCUGAACAAGCCGCGGACGUUCACGGGCUUGCACUCGGAGUGGAAGAUCUGGUCGUUUGGCUUCGAGGCCUACUUGUUCGCGGUCCACCCCCGACUGGGGGACUUGCUCAACCGGGUGUCGCGAAUGGCGGAUGCGCUGACGGUGCAGACCGAUCUGGAUGCCGCACUCAACGCACAGUUGUACAACGUCCUGGUCUCGGUGACGUCGGAUGUGGCCGAGGUCGAGGUCAGGAAAGCCCCGCGAGGAGACGGGCUCGCUGCGUGGUGGUACCUGCUUCGGGAGCUCGCGCUGAAGGAGACAAACAGGUUUGCGGCCAUGCUCGGUCGGACCAUCCGAUGCGAGUUUGCGGGCCCCGCGAGGACGAACUUGGCGGAGUUCGAGCAGCUCGUCAGGGAGUGCGCGGACCAGAGCGGCGAAGUGAUUUCGGACAACAUGAAGCGGGGUGUGAUCAUGUCGGGCGUCAAGAACGAGAAGCUGGCGGACCACCUCAGCUUGAAUGCUUCGCGCUUGGUCACGUGCGACGACCUGGAGACGGAGCUGACGACGUUUUGCUUGUCGCAGCGACGUUGGGCAGCAGCGGGCUCUGGUGGCGACGGCGCAGUCCCGAUGCAGGCUGGCCACCUCGCAGCCGACUGCCGCAAGAAGAAGGCGGGCGAGAAGAUGGGCAGGGAGGUCGCAUCGCUGACGGACGCAACCCAGGUGCGGUCUUCCGCCUCGACGGCAACGACGGCGCUGAAGGGGGGCAGCGCUGGCUCGCAGGGCAGCUUGGCCCCCGCGAUCGAAGCGUCCCACGUGGCAGCAGUCCUGGCCCAGAUGCAGUUGCGACAGCAGCGGGGUCGACCUUCGACGAGUGCUACCGUUCGCGUCGCGAACAUCCAGGUGGCAGGCGACGCUGAUAUCCCGACGCCCGAGGAGUACAACUGGCAGGUCGGCAUGAUGUACGCCGCGACGCAGUGCGAUGCGCUGCCGGUGACGGUCGGCGAUUCGGUGGGGUUCGACUGGGCGCUCUGUGUUACAGGCUCAGGGCCCACCACCUGCCCGCAGAAGCUGCCGCUUUGCGAGUCGGCGACUGGCGACGAGGUCAAGUCCAUGGGCGCGAGGAUGAUGGCAGCCGAGAGCGACGGAAUACCUCUCCAGAUCGAGUUCCAGUUCGCGAACGUGAAGCGCGCCGUCGUGAGCGCCGACACCUUCACGGAGGGAGGUCAUGUCCCGAUCUUCGGUAAGGGCCCCUACAUCCUGCUCGCGGACGGCCGCAGGAUCAAGCUGUGCAGGAGCGGGGGGACGUUCUGGCUCAGGAUCAGCCGAACACUGAGGCCCGAGCUGUUCCGCACGAAGCACCUGCUGAUGAGGGAGAUGCAGAGCCUGAUGCCGACGCCGAUCCACCAGCACCGCCGCCCCCACUGGCGCCACCAGCUGCCGGCGAUGAUCAGGAUCAACCAGACCAUAAAGGAUAUCAGCGUGAGGGCGUUCGACGACAGCGAGAAGGCGGAGCUCUACUGCGGGUUUCUGGAGAAGCCGCGCCGGCUAAUGCGAGAGGGAUCCCAGGGAUGCCAGAUCGAGCGGUUCGAGACCACGGACCCCGGCCGUCUGAUCCCGCUGGUCUGCAUCGACUACUCGUUCUUCGGAGACAUCAAAGUUGACCCCCUCGCGGUACUGAAUAUCCUGGAGUACCAGUCGGGCGCGAUCGAGUGCGCGCAGAUGCGAGAUCCCAGGAGCAAUGGUGCGAUCGAGAACGCCAACAAGAUGGUCGAAGGCAUGUUCAGCUCACUGAGGGCAUCGAUCGAGUCGAGGUACAGCACCAAGCCCACCUUGAACCUCUGGGUCAUGAGCUGGAUGAUUCGGCAUGCAGGAUGGCCCCUGUCAGUGUGCCCAGUGAAGGAGGAUGGCCUCGCGCCCUACCAGCGCCCGAAGGGCCGCGCGCGCGGAGGGGCGAUCUGCGAGUUCGGCGAGACGGUGAUGUAUAAGAUCCAGAAAGUGGCCCACCACAAGGCGGAGAUCCGCUGGGGCAAAGCCGUCUGGGUCGGGAAGGACAACCGCACGGACGAGCACUUCCUGGCGACCGCUGCUGGUCGGAAGACGGCGAGGGCGAUCAACGGGCGAGUUGAGGAGGAGGAGACCAGCCUGCUCAGCCUGGACCCGCCGACGAGCAAUCUGCACCGACAGCAUCGGCUCCAGCACCACCUGCUGUCCUACAUGGUCCAGGGGCAGAUCAAGGGCGGAAUGGAGCUCGGGGUGAUCGAGGUGGACUGGAACGGGGCCGCGGUGACGGAGAAGCCGAGGAGGAAGCAGAAGGUGAUCGCGGGCCUGUUUGUCAACAUGGCGAUCGCAGUGGUGGCGCUGACGUGCGACGUCAUUUCCUACGGCAGCGAAAUGGACACCAACAAGCACAGCCUCUACGACAGGGAGUCGACCUACCAGAACUUGUUCGGGGCUAGGUCAGGCAGGAAGCUGGACCUUUCCCUGGUGAGGCAGGGCAGGGAGAAGGAGCACAGGCAGAUGGGGGAGUUCCAGGUCUUCGACCGCGUGCUUGAGAACUUCGCGAAGGGCAAGCGCGUCCGUGGGAAGUGGGUCGACGAUGAGCGCUACGACGACGACGGCAGGGAGUCGGUCAGGUCGCGCUGCGUGGCCAUGCAGUUCGCCUGGGACGUGCGGGGCGACACUUUCGCAGGCGCGCCGCCGCUGGCCGCGUUCAGGCUGGUGGUCUUCUUCGCAUCAACCCUCCACUUCGCGGGGAUCGGCUGCGACGGCAUGCUCGCUCUCUACGACGUGUCGGUGGCGUUCGUCCACGCGUAUAUCGACGAGGGCAUCUACGUGGUGCCGCCCAAGGGAGAGGAGCCCGAGGGCAUCGUGUACCAGCUGAAGAGGGCACUCUACGGCACCAGGAGGGCCUCGUUUUUGUUUCUGAACCUGAUCAUGGAGGGCACGGAGAAAGGAGGCUUUGUCCGCAUCAAUGUGACGGUUCAAGUUUUCUACCACACGGAGCGCCUGCUGAUGAUGAUUGUUCAUGGUAACGACUUCUUGGCUGGAGGAAGGAGAGACGCGCUCGAUUGGCUGGGCGAGCUGGUGAGGUCACUUCAAGGUUUCGGCACCGUGCACGAUCGCAAGCAUGUGGAGAUCCUGGUUUGCACCAUGCUCAGCAGGAAGAUCGGCGAGAGCAACGCCACCAAGCGCACGAUCACUCCGUCUUCCAAGACAAUCAGGAAGGACUACAGAGAGUCAUCCGACGAGCUCAGCGCGGAGUACGCGACCACCUACCGCAGCAUGGCGCCUGCCGCACUCUACGUCGCACGCGACCGCUUCGACAUCCAGCAGGCCGUCGGCUACCUCGUGAGGGAGCACCCGCAGUUCGAGCUCUUCUUCGGGUUCCAGAGGAUGCCGAAGGUUAUCGUGGCGGAAGUCGACAGUGACUGGGCAUCAGAGCCUGGUCGGAGGUCCGUGGACGGUGGCUUCUUGGUCAUCGGUUCGCACCUGGUCGACGGCUGGAGCGGUCAGCAGGGCAACCGCGCCCUGAGCGGCGCCGAGGCGGAGUUCACGGGCAUCGUGAACGGAUCGGCGAGGGGCAUCGGGCUCCGCAGCGUGACGUUGGAGAUGGGUUUCGAGGUGACGCUGCAGGUCAACGCGGGCAGCUCUGGGGCCGAGGGCAUCGCCUCGCGCCUCGCAUGCGGCAAGGCGCAGGAGAAGGUCAGGGACCGGACCAUCACGACUGCGAAGUUCCACGCGGAUGUCAACAGGGCCGACAUGCAGACGAAGCCGCUGGAGGGGCCGAGAUUCCUGAAGCUGCUGGCGUUCCUUUCAUUUCGGACACCGUCAGGGCGCACGCAGGUGUUCGGAGUCAUGCUGGCGGCCACCAUGCUCGGUGGAGUUCAGGGCCCGGCAGUCAUUCCAUGCGACCAGGCGGUGAG